AUGUCAGAAAUCAAUGUCGCACGCCUCUUCGAAUUUGGCAAACCAUUAAAGACAGGGAAAGCCGAAAAGCCUGUCCCGGCCUCAAAGGAUGUCUUGAUAAAAGUCGAGGCCUGUUGUUUGGUUCCUAAUGCCCACAACCUUAUGACCACUGGCGGCGGCGACAACUUCCAACUCCCAGAAUUACCAUGCGUGUUUGGUCUAGACGCUGCAGGCGUCGUUGAGUCUGUUGGCGAUCACGUUUUUGGAAUCAAGCCUGGAGAUCGAGUUUAUGUUGAUCCAUUUCUCACUUGUGGCACUUGCCAUCAGUGCCGACGAGGAAGAAAAGAUCUUUGUAUCAACUGCUGUCUUCGAGGAUAUUUCGCCCAGACUCCAGGCGGUGAGCAAAUGCUCCGUCACUAUCCACUAGGCGCUCUCUCGCAGUAUGUGGUAUCACCUGAUGCUAAUCUGGCGGUGCUACCUCCCAGUAUUGAUUUCCCUACUGCAUCUCGGUUUGGAUACAUCGGAACCUCUUUCUCGGGCUUGAAAAAGGGAGGCGCAGGUCCAGGAAAAACUGUCGUCAUUAAUGGCGUAACUGGGACUUUGGGUUAUGCUGCUGUUGCAAUUGCUCUCGGGCUUGGCUGUAUCAAGAUUCUUGGAGUCGGACGUAACAAGGAACGUCUCGCGGAAGUCGCGAAGAUGUCAUCUAAUGGCCGUGUUGCCACAAUUUCAACCGAGGACGACAAAGAUGUUGUGCAGUGGAUCCAGGAACAAACAAAUGGUGUAGGACCAGAUUUGUUUUACGAUUGUCUGGGCAACGGGGGAGAUGCAAACUCAACAAGAAAACUCAUUGGCGCUUUGAAGAGCGGCGGCCGUGCUGUCCUAGCUGCUGGUGGUGCGGAUGGCGAGAUCUCUCAAAAAUAUAGCGAGGCCAUGUCCCAUGAUGUUGCCAUACUGGGAACCAAUUGGUUCAACAGUGUUGAGGUUGAUGAGUUGAUUGCGCUGGUAGACGCUGGCGUAAUUGACCUAUCGUUCCUCCGUCACGAGUUGUUUCCGUUGGAAAAGGUCAACGAGGCUUUCGAGUUUGUUGGUGAUCGUCCAGGUGGUGCUAUUAACGUAGUGGUAGAGCCUCAGAAAUAG